UUUAGUCUGGUCUCUGCAGAAAUGAGGGAUCUUGCUGUCAUUCUCGAUUUCAAAGUCGGCGAGACAACCACAUCAAAGGUGCGGAAAAUUGCCCCACCAAAUUUAGCAAGUCACGCCUGGCGGCUGCAGACAAUGUGAACCGUGCUUUCCGCUAUCCUUCACCGUUCAACUAUGACAAAAUCAAGAAAGCGCGGCAAUAGAACAAGCCGGCCACCAGCUGUACCAAAUCGAGAUCAGUACCAGAGAUUAGAUCAACCCAAUGGCACAGAAGAUUCACAAAAUUCGGCAAGAUCUACUCUUGGAAGGAUAUUCGGUAGAACACCUUCCGCAGAUAGUCCUUCACAAGAACGCAACGUUUACUUUUCCUCACGGCCACAAGAUGGAAAUUAUAGCCCUAGACAGCUGUCCCCAUUAUCGCCUAAUACUGGUUCAGAGCAGCCUCCUACCGAUCUUUUGAUCGAUAUAGGUCCUCCACCCAGCAACACUAUAGCCAACUAUCUGAACGAUGACCCAUAUAAUUCUGAUAUUGAUACCACGUCAAGACACACUUCAGUGGCGGAAGAAGAUGUUUGUUUCCCGCAGCCGGAUAUCGAGAAGCACCAGGGAGAGACUGACUAUAACGCUUUGGAAGAAUUCUUGGAUGAGGAAGGUGCCGUUCUAUUUUCGUCACCCAUCACCGACAGGUCCAAUCGAAAGUCGUCACGAAACGUAUUUACCGCAAGCCCGACAGAAACAAGCCCUCAAGGAGACAAUGACAUUAGAAAACGGCAUAGGCGUUUGUCAACAGUUGGAGAGCGCCGAUUUUCAAUGUAUGGUGAUAGAGAUAAGCAUCUUGAUGUCGAUCAACAAGACAAUAGCUAUCGUGUUACAUUUUAUUCUCCCCACCUAAGCGCUACAAUUCAUGCUCGCACAAUAUCUGAAAUACCCUCUAAUGGCGAAACCUUAGUAAGCAUGAUGAAGAAAGGUCAAUAUUGGAUUGAUAUAUUGAAUCCAACGGAUAUGGAGAUGAAAGCCCUGAGCAAGAUCUUCCAUAUACAUCCAUUGACGACGGAAGAUAUCACAAUGGAAGAAUCAAGAGAGAAGUGCGAAGUGUUCAAAAACUAUAUCUUUGUUUGUUUUCGCUCUUUUGAUGCCGAUCAGUAUUCUGUAAACUACCUGCAACCUAUCGGUUUAUAUAUUAUUAUGACAAGAGAGGCGAUCUUAACGUUUCACUAUCGACCUAUGAUGCAUCCACAUAACGUUCGGAAACGCAUCAAACAGCUGAAAGAUUACAUUAACGUCACACCAGAUUGGAUCAUGUAUGCUCUUUUGGACGACAUUACCGAUACCUUUGCACCCCUCAUCCGCGCUAUAGAGUUUGAAGUGGAUUCAAUUGACGAACUCGUUCUCAUUUUGAAGGAAUCAGAACAGUCGGAUAUGCUUCGAAGAAUUGGUUAUUGCAGGAAACGAAUGAUGGGCCUUUUAAGGUUGCUAGUGUCCAAAGCUGACGUUGUAAAGACGAUAUUGAAACGAAGUGAAAGCCGUAAUACUGACGGUCUUGGUCCUGCACUUUGCCCGGAAGUUGUUUUAUACCUUGGAGAUGUUCAAGAUCAUAUCAUCACCAUGCUUCAAAGUUUGAACCACUACGAAAAGAUCAGUUCUCGGUCGCAUAGCAAUUACCUUGCCCAGAUAUCCAUCGAAAUGACUCAAACCAACAAUGAAAUCAACGAUAUUCUCUCCAAACUCACAGCUUUGGGUAGUAUAUUAGUGCCUAUGAAUCUUGUAACUGGUUUAUGGGGUAUGAACGUGCAAGUUCCUGGACAAAACGAGGAGGGAUUAACUUGGUUCUUUUCUAUUAUGGGAGGUAUUUUAACAUUCUGUAUUGCCAGCACAAUCGUUAUGAGAGCGUACAAUAUCAUAUAAUACGUUUCGCUGUUGGAUCUAUGGAAGGAAGUCAAACGAUCCAAAAAGAAGGUGAAAUAUAAUGAGGGCGAUAAUAAAUCUGAUAUUAUUUUGUUGAUGCAGAUAGUGCAUUGUGGUAUAUUAAUA